UUCUCUCUGUCUCUCUCUCUCUCUCUUUUUGUUUAAUUAGAAUUCCAUCUUCAAUAUCCUUGAAUUCUUCUAACUUUUCCAUACUCACUUCAAUCCUAUUUGUGCAUGCUUAAAUUGGCAAAUAUAAUAAACUACCGAUUCCCUCACUUUGGCGAUUUAUUUCACCAUCUUUGGUCACUGUUUGCCACUUCAGCAUAUGGAAUACCAUUCUUGUGUAAUCAGAAACAAAUAGAUACAUUCUCAUAGUUCUGCAAGAUCGAGAAAUGGAGAAUGUUUACAGUGAACUUCUGACGGACGAUCAGUAUUUUCUCCUGUACCUAAUCAUGGGAACCUACUUCGCUCCUGCUCUCAAGGAAGAAAGGCCCCACAAGUCCGCGUUACAAAGACAUGCCGAAGGCCUUCGGCCCUACACUGUGGAUGAAUUGGCUGGUUCGGACAUAGAAACAGCGGUGGUUGCAAGUGUAUACUACUAUGUACUUAGAAAGGCAGAACCAUCUGUUGUUGUGAGACUACCUUUGUUGCUUCGGUUUGUUCACGGAGAUCUUCCAACUCCAAUGCUAGGUUCUGCGGCACGUUGCUCACAGUUCGAUUAUCUCUUUCCUCCUCAGUUUCAUCGGCUAUUGCAUCAUAAAGUCAGGGGUGGAACUAUUGAAAACAUUGUUUUCGUUGAUAACCCCAUAAUUUAUUACAUUGAGCAAGAGGAUAUUGAACGGUUCAAGAGGCUCACUCGGCUUGAAGAUUUUCUUCUUGAUAAAGAUCAUGCAAUAUCUCACAUAUGGGUUUCUGACAAGGUUUUAUACGAUAUUACGGUGCAGGAGGAGAAGACUGAAGAUAUAUUGGAGCAUAACAAUGUAUUGGGCAGUGCUCUGCAUAAUGCUACUCCGACUUUGGACAGUUUCAGAAUUCCAUCAUCUACAAACACUACGCCUGUUGAUGAUCUUGGGCUGGGGAUGAUGUUCCUUCCUUCUCGUCCUUCAAGGGAAGAGUGGAGUAACCUUGUUUCUACCAUUAAAAGUGGUUUUGCAUUGACUGGAAGUGCAGCAAAAGGACAAAUAGGACCAGUUUUGGGUCUCAUGGAUAUUGGGGAGUCGGAGGAUUCCUAUCUUUUUCGCGUAUCCCUUCCCGGAGUGAGAAGAGAUGAAAAAGAUUUUAGUUGUGAAGUUGAAAGUGACGGCAGGGUAUUAAUCAAAGGAGUGACAUCAAUGGGUGAAAAAACAGUUGAAAAAUACUCCCAGGUAUUUGAGAUGCAAUCUCAGAAUCUGUGUCCACCAGGGCCUUUCUCCCUCUCGUUUAAGCUGCCAGGUCCUGUUGAUCCUCAGCAAUUUCUUGGAACCUUUGCAACCGAUGCUAUUUUCGAGGGAAUAGCAUGGAAAGCACGGAGGAACAGAAUUUAGCAUGUCAAGUCGAUGCUUUGCUGCAUUAUCUGUGCUUUCCUAUCCUUUUUAGCAUCAGACACUAUAUUGCAGCACACGGUACAUGGCUAAACAGAAUCUGUGCUCUUGUAUCCUUUGUUUGUAAUGUGGUACACCUAGUACUUGUCUAACUGCUGUUUUUUAGGUAGGCUUUAUCUCCUAAUGUUUUCCUUUCCAUGACGCUGGUCAUUACUGUUGAUGUUGAUUUCCUAAUGUUCUGCAGUGGAAAAUAGUAAAAAGGUUGUAGUGUAGCCAAGACUAUCUUGUAACCUAAUUGGUGUGUGAUGUUUUUUCAAUCUUUUCUACUAAGUAAUCUAAUA